CUCUCACAAAAAAUCACAAUGUCUGCCUCAUCAUCACUCCUCCGACAAGCUACCAAGAAGAGCAUGUCCAUCACCCAGACCUACUACCUGGCCCACAAGGCCCGAGCAAAGCUCUCUCGCGAGGCUGCUCAACCCGAUCACGACCUCCGCCUGCUGGUCGGACACGCCAACCUGCUCGACUCUCUGAUGCUCGAGCUCGCCGAGGCCGAGCGGGAGCAGGAGCGCUGGUUCAACCAGUCCGUCCGCAACACCACCAAGAGCACCGCCGCCGCCAACAACAGCCGGCACAUCCAGUGGGCCGACCGGAUCGAGGAGGAGGCCGUCGACGAAGAGUACGACUCCGACUCCUCUUCCGACUCGGACGACGAGUCCGACUACGACAAUGACCUCGACAUGGUCAGCAGCAGCAGCAACAACUCCACCGUCGUCGUCUCUCCCGCCCCCGCAGUCAAGGUCGUCGAGGACGAAAUCAUGGGCGACGAUGAUCUCGAGGAGGACUAUGCCCAGCUCGAGCUCGUCCGCACGCCUUCUCACUCCAACUCCCCUCCGGAGCUGAUUGACCACGACUCCGAGUCUUCAGACGACGAGGCCAUGCCUCCCUCACCUGCCGAUGCCGAGCUGCCCCUGCCAGCCAAGACCGAAGAAGAGAGCGAACAAUCAUACUAUCAAGAAGAGGACUUUUACCUGGGCCAGCGAACACCUGCUGGUCUGGUAUCUGCCAUCUCAGUCUACUGA